UUCUCCUCAUCGUCCCUUUCCUCAGACUACAUAAAGACUCUUCUCCCUCUCCCAAAUCCAAACCUCCCAACACAACACACAGAGCUUCAUCUCCAGCUUCAAUGGCUGUCUAUCCUUCUCCCUCCCUCACUUGACCCUAAAACACCUUCUACACCCGGUGAUUCUGUUUCUCAAUUUUCACUCUGAAAACAAUUUAUAAUUUAAUCUCGCCUUUGACUAUCAGUGAUUGUGCUGUUCUUGUUAAUUCCAAUAAUGUCUAACUCCGGAGGCUCUGCCUUGGCUCGAACUCGCGGUGUGGACCGCUUCUACAACCCGCCGGCUGUUCGGAGAAAUCAGCAGUUGGCACAGCAACUGCAAAGACCAUUAAAGUCCGAUGCCCGAGUCGGUUCAGUGGAGAAGGAGACGCCUACCAACUCUGACGAGUCGACAUUGUCGAGACCCAACUCCCUUGGCUCGUCUUCGCCACCCGAAACUGUUAAUUUGACUAACUUGGAUCGUUUCAUGUCAUCAGUCACUCCCUUCGUUCACGCUCAAAUCUUAUCUGAGCCCAAACAAAAAGGAUGGGAGACUUCAGAAGUUGAUGGUAAUUGUUACUUUUGCCUUGGGGAUCUUUGGGAAUCUUUUAGGGAAUGGAGUGCUUACGGAGUAGAAGUGCCGUUGUUAAUAAAUGGAAAUGAAUCUGUCAAGCAGUAUUAUGUUCCAUACUUGUCAGGCAUUCAAUUAUACGUUGAUCUACAUGUGCCCAGGAAGCCUUGUGAGGUCCGUGUUGAUGGAGCUUCAAAUUACUCUAACCUGAUGAAUGUUAAUUCUGAGCGAUUUAGUGGAAUAACUUUAAGAGAUAAGCCUCUGAUGGCUUCUUCUAGUGAUGAAACUGAGGUCUGCAACUCACCAGGGUUGCUUGUAUUUGAAUUCUUUGACUGGGAGCAACCCCACUUUCGCCCACCUAUCUUUGACAAGGUUGGUAGCCUUGCCUCUCAAUUUCCAGAUCUAAAGAAAUACAGGAGUUCUGACCUACUGCCUUCUAGUUGGUUUUCUGUGGCUUGGUAUCCAAUCUAUAGAAUACCAGUUGGUUCAACUCUAAAAAGUUUGGAUGCGUCUUUCCUGACCUUCCAUACCUUAUCAACUCACCCUAGAAGCAAAAGGGAGCCGCAAUUUUGUGUUUCUCGUGGGGAGAAGGUUCAUGGUGUUGGUGCAUCUUUAAAGAUUUCUCUUCCUUCUUUUGCCCUGGCCUCCUACAAACUGAGGGGUUCAAUUUUGUCUCCAAAUGGAGACUCUGAAUGGCAGCAAGCUAACUCCCUGGUGCAGGCUGCUGACAAUUGGCUUCAGAGUUUGAGGGCCAGACAUCUUGAUUAUCAGUUCUUUGUUAGUCAUAGCUCUCGGUGGAGAUGAUCAGGACAGGAGUCUAAAUUUUUCUGUCAGAAUGAGGAGUGUUGAUAGUCUGCUUUGCUCCUCAUCAUCUUACUAACCACCUUGAUUCAACCUCACCUCAAUAAUUAUUUCAGGUUUCGCCAUAGAAGUUGCAGUAUACCAUACAGGACUGAAGAUGGCAGUUGCUGAUUUGACCAUUUUAGAUUGAUGUGUAUAAACAAGUGAAUGGAAGGCUCGUAGGCAAUAGGAAUCAGCAUGCUUUGUGGGGAAAGCGUGAUAGAACUGCCGUAGGUAUAUUAAAAUUAUGCGCCCCGCUUUUUAUAUUGUUUGGGGUUCCUCAAACUUCCAUAGUCCGGGUGUAAGGAUAAAUCCGUCUAUCUCCUCAAUUUGGGUAUUUUUUAUUUUUUCCCUUUUUCAUGUGACAAUUUAGCAAAGGUGGUUUUUAGUUUAGAUAAGCUACUGUCGAGAAUUUCGAGUGUACAUCAUUAAUUAGUCCUUUGAAGCUCCUAUUGAGUUAUCACGCUGCUGCUUGUCCCCCCCGGGGGGGGGGGGGGCUAAUGCAUGCUCUGCUUUGUUUGCCUCGUUAGUCAAUUCAUCCAAAGGUUACUAUA